AUGACGGGGCUGGUGAUGGUGACGAAAGGCGGUGGAUGCGGUGGUGGUGGAAAAAGGACGAGAGCGGCUCGAACCGCCGAAGAAGAGGAGCAGAACCAACUCUCGUUGGUGGCGUUUCUGUUGGCGGCUCUCAGAAAAUCCAUGGUGGCUUGUAAGGUGGACCGACCCGACGAUGUAAUCUCCACCGUCCAUCAAAUGGAGAUCGGAUGGCCAACCAACGUUCAACACAUCACUCAUGUUACCUUCGACCGCUUCAAUGGCUUUCUCGGUCUUCCCGUAGAGUUCGAGGUCGAGAUCCCGGGUCGGGUUCCCAGUGCUAGUGUAAGUGUGUUUGGCGUCUCGGCAGAAUCUAUGCAGUGUUCGUAUGAUUCAAAAGGAAACAGUGUCCCCACUAUUCUCUUGCUAAUGCAGGACCGUUUAUACUCACAGGGAGGCUUAAAGGCUGAAGGUAUAUUUCGCAUAAACCCAGAAAAUAGUAAAGAAGAGCAUGUGAGGGACCAGUUGAAUAGGGGCAUUGUGCCAGAUGACAUUGAUGUUCACUGCUUGGCUGGUCUAAUUAAAGCCUGGUUUCGAGAGCUUCCUUCAGGAGUGUUAGAUGGACUUUCCCCUGAGCAAGUUCUUCAAUGCAACACAGAAGAAGAAUCUGUUGAGCUUGUGAAGCAGCUAAAGCCAACUGAAUCCGCCUUGCUCAGCUGGGCUAUUGAUCUCAUGGCUGAUGUGGUAGAAGAGGAGGAGGAUAACAAAAUGAAUGCAAGAAACAUUGCAAUGGUUUUUGCUCCAAAUAUGACUCAGAUGUCUGAUCCUCUAACUGCUCUGAUGCAUGCGGUUCAAGUGAUGAACUUACUCAAGACACUGAUAAUGAAGACACUUAGAGAACGUGAAGAAACAGCAACUGGUGGGUAUUCACCCAUGUCAUUUCAUUCAUCAUACCGCCAGUCUGAGGAUGAAUAUGAGAGUCAUCGAGAAAUGGACACCAGUGGUGAAUUGAGAGGGACCAAAUCAGAUUAUGAUGAUCAUGCUCACUACAGCCAUAGCAGUGAAGAGGAAGGGGAAGCUGAAUCUUUAAGCGAAAUAGAGGAAUGCUUCUUGAAGCAGUUGGAUGAUAACAGAAAAGGAGGAUUCUCAGAAGAACCUUCAGAUUACUUGCAUGUGAACCCCAGAAGUUGCUCUGGCUAUAGCAUGGAACCUGCUAUAUCAAUUACUGAUAGCAAAUCAGGGAAUUCCUGCUUGAGUUCCACUGACCAAGAAAAAUUGAGGACAAGUAGUCCAUCAAUAGGAUGUUCAGGCACCAAUGAUGUGGAGAUGAUGGAUAAAUUUACAGAUUCUGUCUCACCGGUGCCGGUGCUUGCAUCUAGUUAA